AGCAGCGAUAAUACGAUUUUGGAAACGAAAACUAAAAUUUGAAAACCAAAGCCAAAACGAAACCAGAAAACCCGUCAAACCGCCUUGGCAUUGGAGGCUCGUUGUCGUGUGUAUCGCUAUCGGUUGUCUUCCGACUUUUGUGAGUGAGGUGAAGACCCCCAUGUAUCAUGGUAUCAUGGGGGCAUCAUGCAAUUAAUUUGGCUCCGGUUGACCCGCAGCCCCAAAAAACAAUGAGCUAUAAAAACCGCGGUCACUCCUCGAGUUCAGCAGCACACAUCAACUUGUGAUCCAAGCAGCAACAAGCCUAUCUCCUCAAGAUGAAAUUCCUGAUCAUUGCCGUCGCCUUCUUGGCCUGCGCCUACGCCGAUGUCUCGGAGUUGGCUGCCGGAGGAUACGAUUAUCCCCAGCCCGCUCCGCCGGCGCCUGUGAAGAGCUACAUUCCCCCACCGCCACCACCACCACCACCAGCACCCAAGAACACCUACAUUCCUCCCCCAGCUGCGCCUGCCAAGGCCUACAUCCCACCCCCACCACCACCACCACCACCGGCGCCCAAGAACACCUACAUCCCCCCAGCACCUGCCCCAGCUGCUCCCGUCGAGACCUACAUCGCUCCCGCUGCCCCAGCACCCGCCUACAUUCCUCCCGCUGCUCCAGCUCCCGCCUACAUCCCACCUGCUCCUGUCCAGGCCGAGGAGCCCAUCGUCGAGGAGAUCGAGCAGCCCGCCCAGGACGGCUACCGCUACAAGACCGUGCGCCGCCGCGUCUUCCGUCACCGCAACUAAGUCUGUGAAUCGCAAUUGUUGACUAAUGUGAUAGGCCUUAGGCAAAGAUCACUUUGGCAAGGUAUCAGUUAAUGUUUUCGUUAAAGUUUGAAGAGCAAAUAAAUGAUUAAAAAGCA